AUGGAGGAAACACAGCUGGGCUGGAAUGACUCCACAGAUAUUCUUCAAGGCAUCAUGGUUGGACAUGAAGGACAGGAUUCAUCGGAUCCUAAAUCCUCAAAUAUCCCCUUCGACGUCGCAAAUCCACUAUUAGAUCUCCAACUCGGAUCACUUGAUCCAACACUUAACCAUUCACUCUUAAACCAGUGGCCUACACACUACUCCCAAUACACUCACUCCCGUCUGACGGGCGAUCAAGAUGCUUGGAAUCCGCUGCUGGCCACCGGUGUCCCGGCCACCUCCAUCUCGCACAUGAACAUGCCUGUCCAGAUACCCGAUCAGGACUGCUGUUUCUCACAACAUUAUAGCGAGCCGUCUGAGACUGGAAGCCAGUAUAUGGAUAGCUAUCACUCUGCUGAUUCCGGAUACGGUGGGACUAGCUGUACAACGCAAUCGGCUGUUGCCUCUUCGUACAGCAUGGAUUCAUCGAGCCCACAGAUGGACACGGCAGACAAUAUAUCUGCCGAGUCUGGGCCUUCGUUUGGCCGCCUCAAGUAUGGGUCUGUGUCUGAGGCAUCGUAUACAUCGGAGUUUGUGGCCUCGCCGUCACAGUUGGUUGAUACCUCAAUGCGAUGCGAGCAUCCAUCGUGCAAGUGGGUCGGGAAAUGUCCUUCGGACAAGAGGAAACACGAGGCUCGUCACAAGAAACUCUUCAAGUGCGACGUGCCAAACUGCCCACGGAAGGACGGAUUUGGUACCAUUAAUGAUCUUGCCCGUCAUAAAAAAUGUGUUCACAAUAAAGAGCCCGAGCGUGGGCCUAAAAUGAUGUACAUGUGCUUCGGGACAAACUGCCCGCGCCCGAACAAGAGGUGGCCGCGCCUCGAUAACUUCAAGCAACACCUGAACCGGAUGCAUCAUGAAGAGGAUGGUGAAGCGCUCUUAAAAAAGUCUAUGGAUUGGUACGAGAAAGUCAUCCUCCGCCAACCAGAACAGAGCCUCGACAACCGUAGCCCAAGAGAUAGUUCAGUAUUCGAAGCGCAAGACGACGAAAUGUCCAUACAGUCUGCCGCAGAUAUCGACCUAGAAUACAGUUCGACGUCACAACAGAAGACUGAUAUCUUCACAUUUGGUGCUGCCACACCGAGACCCCCUCAGUAUGGUACGCCGUCUCUCACAGACUCUGUACCUUCUCAAUUCCCCGCUUUUGCCUCUCUCGGCCUAUCAACAAGUCAAGCCUCUGCUGAACGCGGAAUCACAAGGCCUGAUGGAUCGGUUACAGAUGCAGCUGAUAAUUUAAUCAACGCCAUGACGAAAAUGAUGAACAAUCGCGGUCGGAGAUCAAGUCAGCAUACCGAUGAGGGGGUUGACCUUGAAGCCGACGCUGCUCAGCUUUCCCAGCCUCAGCGACAAAUGCUGCAAAAAGUGCUUUCGGUGGCCUUGGAACGGUUAUCCGACGACAACGAAGUUACCGCACAAGAGCCUGAUACCGAAAAACGUGGCUGGUUCCAAUGUGACGCGUGUCCAAAGCAGACCCGGCUCCGCUGUGAAAUGAAGAAGCACCAAAAGCGUCACGAACGACCAUAUGGCUGUACAUUCCCUCACUGUGCCAAGUCAUUUGGCAGCAAAGCCGAUUGGAAACGCCACGAGAGCUCCCAGCAUCUCAGUGUGCCAAGUUGGUUCUGCACAGAACAUGAUGUGCAAACAGGCGCCUCAUGCGAACGACUGUUCUAUCGACCCGAAACAUAUACCCAUCACCUGCACCAGCAUGGGGUUCAUGAAUAUCAAGUUGCAGCUUCAGCUGGCAAUAACCGGCUCGAUCUGGCGGGCCAGUCGCAUUUCUGGUGUGGCUUCUGCAACUGCAGAGUCCCGCUAAGGAAUCAUGGCCCCGAGGCCUCAGAUGAAAGGUUCAAUCAUAUUGAUAUUGAGCAUUUCAAGAAAGGAGAAAGAGGUCAGGACUGGCGAUUCCCAUCUUCGUCGCUCGAUCGAGACGAGAUGGAUCAGACCAAAGAUCUUGCCGUGCAGACUUUUGACCACAGUCAGAAGGCUGCAGUAACCGGCGAGCGGAAACGCAAGUAUGCUGCGGCAUGA